AUGACUGAAAAAGAGUUGAAAAAAAUUCCAUUUUUGAAACUAUUAAAUCUUGAGGCAAUUACCACGCAGAAUGAUCCAUCCAUGAUUUUCAGAAAUCAUUUAUUAGUUAAACCAUGCCAUAAUGCAGAUCUUGCGAACAAAAAUAAUAGUAUAAAAACUGGAUAUGAAAAUUUUUGUGUUCAAAAAGGUACUUUAAAGUUGUUUCCAUUUAAAGAUUUUGAUUUUAUUGGUAAACAUGUCGUUUGUCAAAAAUGUUAUCAAAAGUUUGCUUCACUAUUUUCUUAUAAAGCACAUGUUGGUACUGAUAUUUGUGUUAGAACCUACAAUGGGCCGAAUCUUAUCUAUCUUAAGUACAAGAACAGAAAUUCUAGACAAGUUCGGAAAAAAAAUAAAAGAAAGCCUAAAAAAGAAUUUGACGAGCAUGAAAUAAAAAUAAAUGUAUCAAAUCCUGAAAUUUUAAACACUUUACAGACUCGUAAAAAAGUUUAUUCUGAUAAUAUAAUCCAAAAGCAAAAUAAAGUUAAAGAAAAAGCAAAAAAUAAUUCAUAUGAAUAUAAUGAUGAGCCCUCUAUGAAAAAACCUAGAGGAAGACCUAAAAAAGACAUUAUUAGUAAUAAUGUUGAGGUUAAACUAAAAAAACGAGGCAGACCAAAGAAGUUAAAUGCUGUGAUAUUUAAUAGCACAAAUCAAAAUGACAACAGCUCAAGUAGCAAAAAUGAAAUUACAGAGUCUUUCAGUAUGAAAUAUUUAUUAGAGAAGUUUUGGAAAAUUUUUUCAACAGAGUUAAAACCGAAACUUGUAGAUAUUAAUAAACAUCAAUAUCCCACCAAACAUAAAAAUCAGUAUAACGAAGAAAAAAAAGCCGAAGAAAAUGAAAUUUUUCUUAAAAUUGAAGAAUUAGAGAAUGAGUUUGAGUUUCUUUUUAAACAGUUUAAGGGUAAGAAAGAAUAUCCGUUUAAUGAUGAAAUAGAAUUAAUACUGACAAAAAUUAGUGAAAAGCGUGAUGAAAUUAAACAGAGUUUACUGAAGAAGACUGAUAUGAAGGUAUCAAUACCAGAUGAAGGCAAAGAAAAUAUUAAACAUACACUCAAAAAGAAUAAAACUGAAACUGAGAUUGAAAUUAAUAAUAAAGAUUUUGAUAAAAACAAUAAAUGUAUAGGAAUAUUUAUAAAAAAUAUUAUGAAAAUUAAUGAUGGUUGUAAAUCAACUAAUCACAUAAAUGAAGAUAAUUUUAAAAAAGAACCCACAAGUCAGGAUAAUUUUGAAGAUAAUUUAAAUACAUUAAGAGUUGAUAAAACUCCAAAUAUCACUAAUUCAGUUAAAAAUCAUUUAAAUGAUCAUGGUUUUAAUUAUAUUCUGAAUUCAACAUUAAACUGUGAAAAAUGUAGAAACAAAUUUACUUCUAGUGCUGAAUGGAAAUUGCAUCGUUCUGAACAUUUGGUUAAAAUAAAUGCAUCAGUUUUAUGUUCGGUUUGUGGACUUAGAUUUAAAAUGUAUAAAAAUUUCAGAAAACAUGUUAAUAUUCAUAUAAAAACAGAAAACAAAAAAUUAUCUGUUAACAAAAGUUUUAAAAACUUGGCAUGUAAAAUAUGUAAUAAACAGUAUGAUUACCUUAGAUCAUAUUAUGCUCACAUUAAAACCCAUGUUAAUAAAUAA